AUGUUUCCUUUGCAGGAAAAAACCCAGGAUGUUUUUUCAGGGCAGAACCUUCCUUAUCUUCAGCCGGAUACUACUUAUUGUUUAAAAGUUAAAGCGUCCCUAGAAGAUCAUAAAGCUUUAUGGAGCCCAGAGUACUGUAUAAAAACACCUAAAGCUUUGGAUGGUCUGGCUCCUCCCAAAAACCUUCGUGUUUAUGCUUUGAAUAUGAAGUGCAUUUUGUAUUGGGAUAACCUAUAUAAUGGAAGUAUAAGCUUCACAGUCCAGUGGCUCUAUGCAUUCAGAAGGCAAUACUCUCCUGAUUACUCAGAUGAAUGGAUCACUGUACAGGGAUGUGAAAACAUCACUAAACCACAUUGUGACAUCUCAUCUCCCGUUUCCUUCCAUGGAAUGUUCUAUUUUCGUGUACGCACCAUGAAUAGCUAUUCCAAAUCACCUUGGUCUGAAGAGCUACCUUUUGAUCCAUUAAUAGAAAAUGAAAUUGACCCACCAAGUGUCAAGGUUAAUGCCAGUGAGAAUUCACUUCAUAUUUUUAUUGUGCCACCCGAAGAACUGGAAAAGAAUUCAAUAAGCGAACAUUAUUCUUUUACUUAUCACAUUUGGUAUUGGAAUAAUUCUUCAUAUACCAAGGGCCGCAUUGAAGAAAAAUCAACCUCAUUCAUAAUCCCAAAUUUGUCUCCUUCAACUGUAUACUGCUUAGAAGUGCAAGCGUUGUUAAUUUCAAAAAGCAGCAAGUUCAGCAAUGUGACGUGCAUUGAAACUGCCAGUGGACAGUCAAAUCAAGUUUCUCUUGUCAUCGCAGUAGUUUUCUUUGGUGCUGCUGCUGUUGUCGUUGCCUUGCUGUGUGUUUCCUGGUAUAUAUGGAAGAAGGUCAAAUAUGCAUUCUUUCCCUCAUGCAAUUUUCCAUUAAUCAUAGAGAAGACUGGAGGAAGAGAUCCAAACAGUUCCUACUUGAUAUCUUCAGAAGAAUCGACCGAAAAAUGUGUCCUUGUAAUUGAAAAAAGCAUCCUACCUGAAAUUAACUUGAAGGACCAUGGACAAUCAGAACAGAGCUGUCGAGACUCGGGAAACUAUUCCAAUGAUGAUGAUAUUUCUGGAAAUAAAAAUUCACAUGAGAUUAAAGAAGAAGAAGCCAUAUGACUUGGACGAUGGGUAGAAGUCCCAAGAUGAGAGGGGCAGUAUAGCUAGCACUGAUUUAAUUACUUGUAAUCAUUUUUAUUAUAGCUGUUCUCUUUUGUUAAAAGAGACUUCACGCC